AUGACGAUGGAGGCGACUGAACAAGAUCUUCUUGCAACACAAAAGGCUCUCGAAGGAGAGCUUCAGAAUAAAAUCAAACAAGCAGUGGUCGAUAGUUUCCUUCGGGAAAAACUGAGUCGAGAAGAGAAAUUUACUGAAAAAAAUAAUAACAAAUUGAACACACAAUGGUUGUCGGUAAUGCGAGCGGCGAAAUCGAAAGAGCUGAAAAAGGAAAUCGAAAUUUUAUCUCAAACAUUCGGUCGUAUCAUUGAUCGAAAAGAUACUGUUAUCAAAGCAUCUUUAGCCGAUAUUGACGAAUCCGAAGAACAAUAUAGCAUGGCUUUACGAAGUUUCUUAGAAUCUAUUGAAAAAAUGAUAAAAAUGCACACGUUAACAAUCGAUAAACUACUUGAUCAAUAUGAAAAAGACGUCGAACAGGUGAAAUUUGAAUUUCUCGAUGAACGUGAAAGGAUCAUUCGAGAUCACGAUGCAUCAAAAACGGAAUUACAAGACAUUAUCUACAACAUGGAAAAAACAUUUCUCGAUACUGAAACAGCAGCUGAACAAAACUUUCAAGCAAACAUGGAAGAACUACGUGACCGAUACCGAGAAGAUAUUCAACAGUAUCAAAGCGAAGUUGAAAAACGUACACAAGACCUACAGACUGCAAUGACAUCAAUGCAAACGAGGUAUAAAGAGGAAACAAGAGACAAAAAAGCUCUAUAUCAAGAGUAUAAGAUGAAAGAUGAGAGAAGCUCGAAAGACAUUCGCGAAGCAACGAUCUAUAUCAACCGAAUGACUGAAAAAAUCAACAAUAUCAAAGCACAAAUAGCAUCGUUAGAAGCGAAUCAUCAAUCUCGAAUGCAAAAAGUUCAACAAGAAAAAGAUAGUAUGAAACAAUAUCUUCGUGAUUUGAAAUUUCAACUAUCCGAAAUGCAAGAAGAAUUACAUCGUCGAUUAGUUAAACUGGCAUUAACAUGCGAUGCAACGCAGAAGAAAUUAGAAAAACGAGUUAAAACUGCGGAAACUAUUUUAACGUUUGCCGAAAUGUGUCGUAAAUUAGAAGCAGAAGAAGAGAAAGUCCUUCCGUUUUAUACAUCAACCUUAACUGAAGAAGAGCGAGCUGAAGUCGAUGCCGCUUUCUACGAACAACCUUUCGAAGAAUUAGCUAAAGAUAUGUAUACCUAUAAUUCAUUGGAAACAUUUUGGAAGCGAUUUGGCAAAGUCUCUUUGGAUAAACUUGCUUUGGAAAAAGAACGAAGUAUUUUACAUUCCGAAAACAUGCAAUUGAAAAUGUUAUUGAAACAGUAUCUCGAUGGUAUAUCAGUUAAUGAUGAAAUCAUGAGUCAAACUAAUCCAUUGAUGAUCUAUUCAUCCAGACGUGUACUUGAAAGUCAAUCGACUACCAAUCAGUUACCAAAUACUCGACCGAUAAAAGUGGUUAUUGAAGCUCAGCAUGUGAAAAGCGCCUUUUGA